GAGAGAAGGAAGAAAUGAAUCCAUCUCUGCUGCAAUUGGAGAUGAAUCUAUCGCGUCAGGGAUGCUGCAACAUGAAAACAUCAUCGAAAUCACCAAAUGCCAGAAGAGAGCAUCAGACGAAUCAAUGUAGUCAAUUUUAUCCCAAUGUCCAAAGUGUAUAUAGUGGAAUUAUUAGUUUAAUUUGUCACGGUGGCGUCCAGCUGGGCCGUCGUUUGAGAAAUUGUGUUGAAUGUGGCAAAAGAGGCAACACCACGAUGGCCGUAAUUAUGGUGCUUUUAGGAGUGCUCUUAUUUCGCACACAACUUGUUAUGGCGAGACCCAAUCGAACAGCUGCUGAAGGAUCCACGGAAAUAUUCACGAUCGAUUCUGCUCAGCAAUCAACGUAUCCGGGCCUGGAUUUCGGUCCAAUGGGUCCGGGUAAGAGAUCAGCUGAGAUUUUGGGAUCUGAACCCACGCCAUCGGGUUCACAUGAGAAUGAAGCCAAGGAAGUAUCAACGAGUGAUAAGGAGAGUCACGGUGGUCACCAUGGGGAACGGUAUCCAGUGACAACCGUCGAAUUUUCCCGCGUGGAAACACCCUUUAUCAUCGGAAUAUGGAUUCUUUCAGCGAGUAUCGCAAAGAUUGGGUUUCACAUGACACCAAAACUCAAUAAAAUCUUCCCCGAAUCUUGCCUUCUAAUUGUUGUUGGUGUUAUUAUCGGAAUAAUAUUAUUUUAUGCGACAAGUGUUCAAAUAUCCCCACUCACGCCCGAAACCUUCUUCUUCUACAUGCUACCACCGAUAAUUCUCGAUGCUGGAUAUUUUAUGCCAAAUAGGUUAUUCUUUGAUCACUUGGGCACCAUUUUGCUGAUGGCUGUGGUUGGUACAAUCUUCAAUAUUGCCACAAUUGGAACAUCACUGUGGGCCUGUGGACUCACUGGGAUAUUCACUGUGGAGGGACGCGGUGAGAUUCCCUUCCUGGACAUGUUUCUCUUCUCAUCCCUCAUUUCUGCUGUGGAUCCUGUGGCAGUUUUGGCAGUCUUUGAGGAGAUUCACGUCAAUGAAAUCCUGUACAUUGUUGUCUUUGGGGAAUCUCUGCUCAAUGAUGCUGUCACGGUCGUGGUUUAUCAUAUGAUGGACUCGUACAGCGAAAUGGGAAUAUCCAAUAUUGAGGCUGUGGAUAUUGUAAGUGGUGUAGCGUCCUUUUUCGUUGUAGCCCUUGGUGGAACAUUUAUCGGCGUAAUUUGGGGUUUCCUUACUGGGCUAGUGACAAGAUUCACGGAUCAUGUUCGUGUAAUUGAACCAAUUUUCAUAUUUGUGAUGGCAUAUUUGGCAUAUUUGAAUGCAGAAAUUUUCCAUAUGAGUGGUAUUUUGGCAAUAACAUUCUGCGGGAUAACUAUGAAGAACUACGUGGAGGCAAAUAUAUCCCACAAAUCUCAUACCACUGUCAAAUAUGCCCUGAAAAUGUUGUCCAGCUCCGCCGAAACGAUUAUUUUCAUGUUCCUGGGAGUGGCUACGGUCAACAAUACCCACGAAUGGAAUACGUGGUUUGUCCUCCUGACAAUUCUCUUUUGCACCGUGUUUCGGAUAAUAGGUGUUAUACUUCUCGUGGCGAUUGCUAAUCAAUUUAGACUCCACAAAUUAUCCAAAGUGGAUCAAUUUGUGAUGUCUUAUGGGGGUCUCCGUGGUGCUGUGGCCUUUGCUCUGGUGCUCCUAAUAAACGAAAGAGUGGAGUAUCACAGAAUGUUCGUGACAACAACAAUAGCCGUCAUCUAUUUUACUGUGUUCGGCCAGGGGAUCACCAUAAAGCCACUGGUGAAGUUUCUCAAUGUUAAACGGGCCGAAAAGAAGAAACCAUCCAUGAAUGAGAGAAUUCAUGAAAGGUUUAUGGAUCACAUGAUGGCGGGAAUUGAGGAUAUUGUUGGAAAGACUGGAAAUUACAAUGUUAGAGAUAAGUUUAAGAGAUUUGACAAUAGAUUCAUCAGACCAUAUCUCAUUAGAGAUCUUCAAGGUGCUGAACCUAAAAUUCUGGAGACGUAUUCGAAGUUGACAAUGAAGGAUGCAAUGGACUUUAUGCGACGAAAUCCAUCUACUCUGGGCCAGAUGACCGGUACCGAGUCAAUGAGUGCCCUCUUCCGGAAUUACGCCGGAUACAUGGGCGGAAGUCCAAGCUUUUCGAAUUUGGAGAAUUCAUCCAGGAACUUGGAUAUGCAUGAAUUGGACUACAAUCCGUCAAAGAAGGAUCUUACAGAUGCUAAAAUUCAUCAUCUUCUGGCUGAGGAAUUGAAACCGAGAAGGGCUUCUCUGACUAUGCAUCGUCGCUUAAGCUACAGUCGCCAUGCAGUUGAUGACAGGGAUUUAUCGACACAGGUCAAUUACAAGAUGCACAUGAAUAUCCGACGAAUGGUGAAUGAUAGAAAGCAUCACAAGAGGAGUAAGAGGUUGAACAAGGAUGGCAGUAGCAAGCAGAAUCAUGUAUCCUUCCCGGAAUUUCAGCAAAAUGGAUCAGCAAAGCAAUUGCAACACGUUGACUACAUCAAUGAGGUAUUGCAUGAGGAUGUUGAGGAAGAUCCUAAGCAAAAAGCUGCUGCUCCUGCAAAUGCAAAUGAAGACUGGGACGAUGGAUUAACAUUCACAGCAAAGGCAUCACGUGAAAUUGAUAAAAAUCCCGUUGAAGAAGAUAAGCGACUGUCUAAAGAAUCCGAAGGAGAUGAAAGAGUAACAACACCAACAGCUACUGAGACAGUUUUACCAUGGAAACGUGGUGAGGAAGAAGGUGAAAAUGGUGCUUUGAAGCAAAAUGAAUUUCCCGCUUGGGCAUCUAAUAAAGAGUACUUAGCUUAUAAUUCACCAAGUGCGACUUUCUUAGGUGGGCUAACAAAACCUAAACAGGCAAAGUCUGUGAUAGGUCUCUUCCGGCGAGAAUCUUCGGGAUCGGGUUCAGCCCCAGCUGCAAAUCCCAUCACCGGCAGUGACUCGUCCAUUCAGUUGGACAGCAGCGUGGGAUCUGCACAGAUUUCGACGCCGACAGGAAGGGGAGCAGAUAAGAGAUCAGCGUCAAUUUGUGCCAUCACAGAUGAUCUCAGGCCCAGUACAGGACCCUUCCCCAUCACUGCCAGUCAUCGCAGAAAUACACGUCGAGGCUCAAUGUUGGAAAUUAGUGGGGAGGCAAUUCCGGAGGAGAACUACACGAAAUCACUUUCGAGGGAGAAGUACGGUGUACGAAAUCAACCGAUCCCACUUCUCCGAAUGACAACGCCCAAGAAACAGCCACGAGGGAUGAAUCCACAGGCAGAGGCACUCCUGUCCAACAGCAGCACUGAAUCCGACAGCGAUGAGGAGGAUGAUGGCAAGGAUACGUGAAAAUUCCUGAGAAAGGGUAGCACUUUGAGCAUUGAAUGGCCUUUGGAAGUUAUCAUUUAGUGUGUGAUUGUGUCUGGAUUUCUGAUUGCAUGAAUGAGAGAAUGAUUCCGAGACGAAGAGAAUCUCUGAAUUACUAAUACGAUACAUGAGAAAAUCAUUUCUCAUUUAAGGUAAACAGAGUUGAAGAGAUCUCAGAUGACUUUUUUUUACCCCAAAAGAACUUUAUUAAAUUUUCAGCUAUACUUUUUGUACUUUACAAUUUACUCAUCAUUACCUAUAUAUUUUUAUACCGAUUAUUUUUCUAUAAAUCUGCCUCAGAAAAAGAGUAUUUAGGUACUUAACACUUUUUAUUAAAUAAACAUCUAAUGUACUUACAAAUGAACCAAAGCUAAAAGAAUCUCAAGAUCCUCGAAAGAACAUUUUUGUCUUGCAGUAUUAAUUUAUUAUUCCAGCUAAAAAAAAUAUUUUUAAAAAAAUUAAAAGAAUUGAGAGAAGGGAAAAUGCUAUUUUCUGUUCUCAGAUUGGAUGAACGUCAAAGCUCCCUCAUUACAGAAAGCUUCAAAUAUAUUGAACUUUCGUGCUAUAAACUUGAAAGAUUUUAUAGGAAGUAUGACUGACGAAACACGUAAGAAACGGUACUCCCCAUUCCCUACUUUGCUUAAGCUUAAAGUUCCCUCAUUACAGAAAGCUAGAACUAUAUUGAGCUUCGUGGUAUAAACUUGAAAGAUUUUAAAGGAAGUGUAACUAGAGAAACACAUGAGAAACAAUGCUCUCCAUUCCGUGCUUGGUUGAAGCUUUAAGCUCCCUCAUUACAGAUAGCUUUAUCAAUAUUGAGCUUCGUGCUAUAAACUUGAGAGAUUUUAUAGGAAGUGAGACUAGCGAAAUACGUGAGAAACAAUGCUCCCCAUUCUGGGAUUGGUUGAAGCUUCAAGCUCCUUCAUUACAGAAAGCUGCAAAUAUAUUGAGCUUUCGUGCUAUAAACUCAAAAAAUUUUAUAGGGAGUGUGACUAGCGAAACACGUGCGAAACGAUGCUUCCUAUUCCAUGCUUGGUUGAAGCUUUAAGGUACUUCAUUAGAGAAAGCUUCAACGAUAUUGAGCUUUCGUGCUAUAAACUCAAAAAAUUUUAUAUUAAGUGUGAUUGGCGAAACACGUGGGAAAGGAUGCUCUCCAAUCCGUGCUUAGUUGAAGCUUAAAAUUUCCUAACCGAAAAAGGUUUAAAGAUCUUGAGCUUUUGUGCUAUAAAUCGUCAGUUAAAUCAGCAUUUGUCGUAACUUCCUUUUGAGAACUAUUCAGGAGACGAAAUUUUCAGUUCAGCUUAAAAAUGAGAAAAUCAUUAAAAAAAAACUAUAGUACAUAAUAAAAAUACUAUUUAUAUUUCUUGAAAGGGUAUUUCAUUGUGAUUCAAAUACACUUUAUGGUUUUUUAUUCAAGCGGUUUCUCCGCGAAAUCUUCGCAUCAUCUCCUUUACUCCUCUCAUAAGGCUCUGGACAAGGUCGUCCCCACGAUCUCUGACGACUUUCUUCCACUUUCGUGUGAAGUCCUGGGGACGGACUUCUGGAGUGCAGGGCGGGUUGACCUUCUUAUCUACCUAUUUGACAUUGUUGUUGGAAAACCAUUCCAGGGUGGCUUUCGCGUAAUGACAUAAUGCCAAAUCAGACCAAAAUAGAGGAGGGAUGUCGUGGCUUUGAUACAGUGGCAAAAGUCGUUUUUGGAGGCACUCUUUAAUGUAGAUAUCCGCGUUCAUCGUCCCUGUCACGAAAAAUUCUUCGCUGCGACGUCCACAAGAGCAGAUUGUCAUCCAAACCACAUAUUUCUUCGGAAACUUGUCGUCUCUUUGAACCUGUACUUGCUGGCUACACCCGUAAAAAUGCCGUGUAAAAUUGUCGGCCGGGAAACUCAGUAAAUUCACCUUUUACGACAGUUUCGUCGUCCAUCAAAAUGCAUCCUUGAAAGCCUUUCAAAACUCGAUCACUCAGAUUUCUCGACCUCGUUUUGGCACUUUGCUUCUGCUUGUCCGUGCGAUGUGGAGCAGCUUGAGCUUUGUACGUUAUCAGUCCGUUAUUCUCUUUGAUUCUCUGCACUAAGCUCUUGGAGAUACCCAGCUUGCCCACAUCUCUGACUGAAAGGCAAGGUUGCUUCUGGAAAAGCGCCAACACUCUCUUCUCCAUCCUCUUGUCUACAGCUCCAGGUUUUCUGCCACAUCCUGGCUAUCGAACAACAGUCUUUAGUUCCUUCAAGCGUAAUAUAACCCUUCGCACUGUGUGUUAAAUCCGGGACAUGCUUUAUAAGUUAACUCGAUAAAAUCUUUAUAAAAUGAUUAAGAAGCUGAGAUAUUGAGCUAUAUGUCCGGUGAAAGACAAAAAGAUUUUAUCAUAACUUCCAUCGUUUAUAAAGCCGUAACUUCCAAUGUAUGAAAAUCGUGGAAGUUACGAGAAUUUUCUAAAAUGCAUUAUAUCAAUUUGAAUUAUUCUAGUGAUAAUAAGCGCCUUUAUUUGACUAAAUUAGUCAAUUAAACUUCUAUCCCUGUCAUUAAAAGCUUUUAUUUCAUAAGUUUUAUUGAAUAAAUUUUGUGUGCAUCGUCUCUUGGUUUGUUUUGAAUUAAUAACAGAUGGACAGGAAUUUUUCUCACUAUUGAAUAAAAAUGAUUUCAUAUUGCAUUACUCCGCCGUCUUUGGAUAUUUGGAAGAGUUUAUAAACGAUUUAAUGAGAAAUAUUACAUUUUUGCUGCAAAUUGCAAUCCAAAAUGAGCAAAAAAAGUUACGGUAAAUACUGAUUAGGGUAAAUUAAUCUAUUUUCAAACCUGCUAAAAAUUGAAAUUUUUCGCUAUUCUAAAUGGGACAUCAUUGUUUUCACGAUUAAUACAGUACUAAAUUAUUAUAUUUAUAUAUUUUCUAUGCCAAAUUUUCAUUAUUUAGUUAAUUUUGCUCCAAAUAAAACGAAAAUCCAUUCAUAUUCACAAAUUUGUUAAUUUCUCAGUAAAAUUAAAAGUGUAACUUUUUACCAUCGAAUUUUUCAUCGAUCGGCCAUGUUUUCCAAUGAAAAACACAAUAAGAUGACUGUUGUUUUUUCGUUUUGUUUAACAUUUAAUGUCACAUUUCUGGCUAAUUUUAGUUAAAUUAAGUGCUAAUCUUUAUUGUUAACGGUACGUGAAGUUUUCAAAUGAAAUAAUUACCUAUUUCGUGAACAAAAAGGGUUUUUCUGAAGUGUCUGCAAAUCCUUCAAUAGGAAACCCUGGAAAUAUGAUUUUUUUGGAGAGAUUUUCCUAUUGUUUUAGAUGAGAAAAGACCAGGAAUAAGAACAAAUCCUGCACCCAGGAGCAACUCAAAAAGGUUUUGGAAGCCUUUCGUCGCGGUUUCACUUACUCUGUUUGUCUCCAAUUAGAAACUUUCCCUUGUCUCCAUUUGGAUUAAUUUGUUUCCAAUAGAAGCAUUUUACACUCGCGUAUUUUUCUUGUAUUUAAGAAGUUUUCAAAUUAUAUCUAAAGAAUUUUCACUAAACAGUAACAUUCUAGAAGAAACAAGGAGCAAAUUUAUGUAAUUCUCUUCAGAAAAAAUACGAACUUAAUGUGCUGAAUCUUCUGUCAAAGUUAAAGCGUCUGGAAAUGGUUUUGAAUUAGGACAUUUACCCUACUGAAAAUUUUUUAUGGAAAUUUAUCGUAACUUCCCGAAAAAUUGGAGUUGUGACAAAUUCUGAUAAAUGUUUAUUAAUAAAGGGCACUUACGAUAAUUUUUGUUUAAAAUCAUUUUUAUUGGGUCCAUAAAAGUUUCUUUUUCUCAAGUGCGUUUAAUAAACAAAAUUACGCUGAUUCCAAAUAUGUAUAUAUCUCAAAAUAGCAAAAAUGAAGGUACGACAAAUGCUGAUUUAACUGACGAAAUUCAAAAGGUUUUUAUUGGAAGUGUAACUAGCGCAGUAAGUGGGAAUUUAUGCGCUGUAAUCUUUGAUUGAGUGGAGCUUAAAGUUUGCGGUUGAAAAAAAGCUUCAAUAGUAUUGAACUUUUGUGCUAUAAACUCAGAAACAUUUUAUAGGAAGGAUUAAAUAUUCAAUUUCUUAUACACAAAGUUUAGUUACAAUAUCUCAAAUAGCAAAAUCAAUUUUAUCUACUUAAAAAAAAACAAUUAAAAAAAAUUUAAACGGUUCUCAUCGCAAUCUUCAGAUGCUUUUCAACUCUGUUGCCCUGUAAAUGCCAACAAGAAAAAAUAAGCAAAGAAAUAAUAAAUAGUCCAAGAAACCAAGAGAAAUUUAUUCGACUGAAGUAUUACUGCUCGACAGCAUGAAGGAUGAGGAAUGAACCUAAAUAUUUGUUAGAUAAAUUUUACUUGAUAAAACAUUCUAGUUUAGGCGAUGUUAUUUGAUGAAAAAAAAAAAACAAGUGUAAUGAGGCGAAAAAUUGUUGAAAAAAAUUACCCUUAUCCCAUGAAAAAAAUUUGUUAACGUGUUGAGAUGAAAACUCUCAAUGAGAGACAAUAUUAUCCUUUUAGUGAAAAUAUUAAAAAAAAGAAGCAUGAUGUGAGAUAUCGUAAUUAAAGUGUCUAUUCUGCAAGAGAAAAUGAUCUUAAAAAAUAGUGUACUUAUUUUAGCCAAAAUAUUUUAUAAAAAGAAACAAAUAAUAAUCUCUAAAAGUGAGAAGGUGUUUAUUUAUUUAGAAAAAAAAACGCAGAAUAGGAAUUAAAAUAAUUGCAUUAACUUCGAGGUUUGUUCAUGCAGAAGGAGAAAAAUAAAAGUGAAAGAAGUAAAAUGAGCAUUUGCAAAAGAAGGAUUUCCACUUUGGAAAUUUGUGAGAUUUACAAAAGAGUUCUUAGUCUUAUUUAUACAAUAAAAUAAUUAUAACAAAAAAAAAGCUCUAUUUUCAUAUAAAACAAUUUUAUUUUCUAGAUCUAGGGAGAUGGAGAAGAAUUUCUAGACGACAGUAAAGAAUAAUCUAGAAAUUUAGCAUUAAACAUAAAAUGGUGAAAAAUUCUAAGACUUCUGAAGCAAUUGAAAACAUCUUUCUUACGCACUAACAUCGAGUCUAAGAACACUUUAAGGUAAUACCCUUAUCUAAAAAUACAGAAAUUCCUAAAAUUUUGCAGGGUUUUGUCAGAAAGAGGUCAAUUUUAAACGAAAUUCUUGAAUAAAUAUAAUAUUUGACAAACUUUUACAAACAAGAAACAAAAAGGUUGGUCACUUUCUUAAACUUCUACAUUCAGCUGACAAAUAUUAAGCAAAAUUUGUCAUUUGGAUGAUUGACUAGAGGGCAGCACGUACAACUGUCAUUUUGACAGAAUAAACCCUGAAAGGCACGGUUUAUCCUGUUUGCUAAAAGUUUGUCAAAAGGAUGGUCUUCUAUACAAAAAGUAUCAAAGUUUUGUAAAAACGUUGGCAAACAGACAUUUUCAAAUUCAAAUUGAAGAACAUCCCCUUAUCACAAAAUUUUCUUUCGGAAAAUUCAGGAAAGACGAAAGAAUUGACAGAAGAGUUUGUGGAAUUUGGCAAAGUUUGUCAAAAGGAGUUCAAUUUUUUGAUGUAAUGCCUAAAAUAAUCCAAGUAUUUUUUGGAAGGUCAUUAUUUGCAUAUUUCCUUGUCGAAUUUGCAAACAUUACCAACAAUCAACAAAAGGAUUGUCAUUUUUCUGUUAAUUUUCUAUCCAUUUGACAAAAAGUUUGUCAAAUGAAUAACUAAUCGAUAGAUGGAACCACGCCAUACAAACAACUGUAAUUUUGGCACAAUAAAUUCUCACUUUAAGGAUUUGUACUGUUUGCGAAAAGUUUGUCAAAAGGAUGUUCUACCAUACAAAAUCAGUUGACAUUUGCAAUUUUGUGUGUUUAAAGCUUUAGCAAACAAGAAUUUUCAAAUUGAAAUGUAAGAACAUCCCUUUUGAAAAACAGUGUUACAAAGCUUUUAUAAAUUAAAAAAAUACAUUGAAAAAAAUUUGGUAAUUUGAAGGAAGAAUUAUUAAAAAAGUUUGUGGAAUUCGGAAAAGUAUAAAAGGGGUUCAAUUUUUGACGUUGGGUCUAAAAUAUUUAAAAUAUCUGUUAAGAGUUUAUUUGCGUAUUUGUUUGUCAAUUUUGCAAACAUUACAAUGAACAAGGGGUUUGUAAUUUUCUGUUAAUUUUGUAUCCAUUUGACAAAUUCAAUAAAGUUUGUCAAAUGGGUAACUAAUCGAUAGAUGGAAGCACGUCAUAAAAACACAUGUCAUUUUGACGCAAUAAACUCUGAAUAAUCUCUGUUUGUUGAAAGUUUGUCAAAAGGAUGUUCUUCCAUGUAAAAUGUGCUAAGUGUUUCUAAAACUUUGGUAAAAAAGAAAUUUUCAAUUUUAAAUGGUAUAACCUUUUUUUAUAAACUGUUCUUUCGCCAAAAGAAUUGUCAGAAAAGUUUGUGGAAUUUGGAAAUGUUAAAAAGGAGUUAAGUUUUUUAAUAUAAAGCCUAAAGUAACCAAAUUAUUCGUUGGAGGGACAUUAUUUACUUAUUUCUUUGUCAAAUUUGCAAGUAUUACUAACAAUUAACAAAAGGUUUGUCAUUUUCUGUUAUUUUCACAUCCAUGUGACUGUAUUCAACAAAGAGUUUGUCAAAUCGAUAAUUAAAAUGGUUUGUACUGUUUGCUGAAAAUUUGUCAAAGGAUUUUUUUUUCAUGGAAAAUGUGUAAUGAUUUUGCAAAACUAUUGGUUAAUAAACGUAUUCAAAUUUAAAUGAAACAACUUUCCUUUUCACAAUCAGGAUUACAAACCUUUACUUUCGAAAAAAAAAGUUCGUAAAAUUUUGACGAAGUUGGCAAAAAGAAGGAGAUCAAUUUUUGGUGUAAAUUUCAUAAUAACAAAUUUAUUUAUUUCUUGCCAAAUCAAAAAUAAAUAAACAAUAAAUUUAUCAAGAUAUGAUAAAGAGAAUUAUUAUUUUAUUUUCAUUCCAUCAAAUGCAAUUUUCAUAAAGUUAAUUCUCAAUAUCAAUCUAAUAAAUGUUUGUGAAAUUAAAUUCUUUCUAGAAAAAGUCUGAAAAUUAAUGAAUAAUAAAGUAUAAUUAAUUCGACAAACUUUUAACAAAUAAUUUGUUAAGACUCAGCUGCUCCAAAUUCCAUCAAACUUCUCUCUAACUUCAGCGCCCUCGGCGCCUCAUCAAGAAUGUAAUUCCACAAUUUCCACAGAUUUUAAACAUUUCAAAUUUAAAUUGUGCGUUCGAAACAAAUUUUACAAAACUUUCUAUGAAUAAAAGAAAUCAUUAAAAAACUACCAGAAAAACUUUCUGAGUUAUUAAGUUAGCAAAAAAGGAGUUCAUUAUGAAUGUAAAAUUCGAAAUAACUGAUUUUCUCAGAAAUUUAACAAUUUUACAAAAUUUUACAAAGCCGUUAUGAAGAAUCUUUAGGAGAGAUAUUGAAAACAGUAUCGUAUAUGCAUUUCCCUAUUAAAAUAGCCUGGUUUUGCUCUGAGCGGCUCAAUUUUUUAACAAAAUGUUUUGUCAUUUGGGUGAUGAAGAGAUCUAGAUAAGGGUUUCUGCCGUUUACCUGGGGAGGCCGUUAAUGGUAAGUCAGCGGCAGACGCAACGUAAGCAAACUUUUGGAAAGCACAUAAGGGAAAGUACGAAAGUACUCUGAGAAAUUUCUGAAAGUUUCUGAGAAGCUUACUAAUAUUUAAUAGAAAUAUGUAAGUCUCUUAGGAAAAAUAAAAGAAAAUUCACAUAAUUCGAAGGCAUGAACAUUCGAAGGGAGAGUAUUUUCCUCUAGAAAAGAAGUGAGCAAGAACCGUUUGAAACCGAAUAAACGUCAAAUGAAAAUUGUACGUCAAUGUUCAAAACGCUGACUGGACAAACUAUUUUGACGUUUAUUUGGUUUCCAACGGUUCUUGCUCAGCUCUGCCCUAGAUAAAUAAAAUAAAUAAUAUGGCAGCAGGCCAAAAAGACAACAAUAGACAAGAAAUUGAACGAAUAUUUACAAAAUCUUGACGAAGAAAUAUUCAAUGACGGCUUUGACAGAUAAGGAAAAUAAUUUUGACAGAUAGGGAAGACCGGGACGGAAUUAGACAGUAGAUUGAUACAGUUUUUCUUAGAAAGAGUAUUUUAAUUCCCAUGUUUUUUUUAAUACAUUUUAGGCAAAGAAAAAUUCAUUUGCUGGUUAAUUCUGCUCCGAUCUCCCCUACUUUGAAAAAAAAUAUCUUGUUAAACGGACAAUUGGAUCUUGUUAAAAUUUUGUCAAAAGGAUGUUAUUUACUAAUUUAACAAAAGUUUUUUCUCUCAUUUGAUAUGGAAAAACAUCCCUUUGACAAACUUUAAACAAAAUCCAGUUGGCCGCCGAUUUGACAAAACUUUGCCAUAUUCUGUAUGGAAGAACAUCCUUUUCACAAACCUUUCUUCUUAAUUUCACAAGACAUUUUUUUCGGAGUACUUUUAAUCAAUUAUCGAUUUUUUUUAAUUUGACGAAAGAAUUGACAACAGUAAGUUCGCACUCCACUUAUUUGUCAUUAUUUUUCUUUUUGUAAAGUGGAUUUAUUUUGACAAACUUUAUACAAAACCUUUCUUCUGUUCUUUUGAGGCAAGGUUUUGUUUGUUAAAAGUUUGUCAAAAGGAUUUCCUCGAAAAUGCCUUGUGACUUGGUAAAAUUUCGAAACUCUGCGACACUUAACGCACUCAAUGCCAGGAUCGCAACGCUGUUUGUUAAAAGUUUGUCAAAGGGAUGUUUGUAUCAUUUUUAGGCAUGUAAAUAGUUUCGUCAAGUCAACUGAACGACGUUUUUAACACAAACUUAUGACAAAGACUUUUAAAGAACAUUCCUUUCAGACAAACUUGUUUGUCAAAAUUGAACUCCUUUUUGCGAAACAUCCAAUUAUGUACUUAUUUAUGCACUUAGAAACUUUUGGUAUUUUUCAUACAAAGUUGGCCUACUUUCGACAAACUUUUGACAAAGAUUCUUUUCAAUGUGAAUAAAGAGCAAGAAAAAAGGAAACUUGCAGCUAAAAUGAGUCUCUACAAUUUUACAACAAUUACAUAAAAUUUUCCGAGGACACUGAAAAAUGAUCAAUUUAUUAAAAUGCGCACAGAGAAAUUCAAUUUUGCGGAGUGAAAGCAAAAAAAUGGAAUAAAUUCUCAACAUCAAACUGUGUGAAGAAUACACUAAAAAAAAAACGAAAGCAUUUAGUAAAAUGAUUAAAAAAAACAUCAAAGUGCAUUUUUAUAAUUAAAAGGAAAAACUGAGAUUUAAUGAAAUUCUGAAAAGUUUCAAGUGUUUAUCUACUCAUUGCAUAUAUUACAAGAGGAAAGAUUAAAAAGAAAAUGCAGAAAAUAGUCUUUCUGACUUAAUAAAAAACACGUAUUUUUUGUUUUAAAUAAAUGAGAAGAAUAAGGAGAAAAAAGAGAUCUUCAUGAGAAAUUCAUAAAAGACACGGUAUUCAAGACACAGGAAGGUAAAUAAAUUAUUAAAAUUGUAUUUUUGGGUUGAACAGAUUUAUAUUUUCUAUCGGAUAAAAUGUACGACAAAAAUACAAAUUGUUAGCAUCAUGAAGUAAGCAAAAAAAAAACAGUGGAAAGAAACGGAAAAUAAAUCAAAGAAUCCUCAAAAAAA